AUGCCAGAGAUGCUGGGCUACAAGAUUAACACAACAGGUAAGAAGCAGAGUCAGAGAAGGCUUGAAACCAACAUCAAGGGUGCAUGGAGAGAGCUCGGUGUGUUUUGUGACAGCAGCCCUGCAGAGACAAAAGGUGAAGCGCGCCAUAGAUGCUGUCAGCAGAGCCCAUCAGAGAGAGAGGGAGCUGAGAGGAGAGCAACAGAAGCACUGAGACUGGGGGAGAAAGGAGGAGAAGACGCUGACUGGAAGAGCUGCUUCCAGUGCUUUGUUGAUGUGCAGGACAGCCUUCGCCUUUGCUCGGGACACAUUUUGACUCAAUACAAUAUUGUAAAUGUUGAUUCCUGCUUCAAGAAGCUGGACCACAUAUUCAACACCAAUGAGAGAGUGAUCGAGGCUGGCAGAGUGGGGGGAGGAUUUGACCAAACGUUAAAGGAGAUUCUGGAUGCAGAGAUUCUCCCCAUGGUGAAAGAGUUUGACCAGAAGCAGAAUUAUGACACCGUGUACGAGCGAAGGUUGCAGACAGCGGCAGACAAUUUCAUCGCCGCUGCCUCCAAACUGCCUAGAGUCUCUGGCUGUUUCCCUCCAUGCGGUUUUCAGAGUGCAGGUGCUGUAUACAACUGUAUCACCUGCAAGUAUGACUCUUGUGAGUUCCCUCUUGACUGCCCAGUUGAAGAAAUAGAGAUAAUGGAGAAGAGCAAGAGCAAAAUGUGGUGCCAUGUGCCGUUUGACCUGCCGGACGAUAUUGAAGUGAUCUGGAGGUUUGCAGAGAAGGUGAAAACCGAGCAAAUGGACGAGUUUAGGGAAGUAACUGCAGGGGUGGACAGGCUCUAUUCCAUCCAUUCAACCGGUCUGCAGCAUCAGGGCACCUACCAGUGUGAGAUUUACUCAGGCGGUCGCUCCAUUGUCAGACUCUACUUCUACAUCACAGUGACCCCCCAGGUCGUGACGGGCCACACAGAGCUGCAGGAGAUAUUUGACCUGUCGCUGCUCCCAGGAGGGCAGUUGCUGCCUGCGCCUGGUGGCUCUCGCAGCUCCAACCUCCCCCUCCUCCCGCUCCUUCUCUGCGCCUGUUUAAGCACCUCGUUGCUGCUGCUGUUCCUCUCCCUGGGGGCUCUGUACUGGUUUUCAGUGCCAGAGCACAGAUAUCCUGAUGAAGACUCAGAUGAAGGAGGAGAUUUCAUGUCGGAAUGA